CCUUAGGCCUUUAGUAAUAGAAAAAAAUUAUAUUUUCAGGUAAAAUGAGUAUUACUCAAGGACCUAAGUAUAUGUACGAGAGGCUUGUGCCUAAAUGGAAGGCCUGGAGACUCAGCGAGCCUGAAAAAUAUGGAAAAGGGUUUAUUGGUCUCUUAAAAAAUGCAUAUGGAGAGGCCUGAUGACGAGCGGAUUCUAAAGUUUCGAUCUGAAUGGUUUGAAAAUGGAGCUCCGCCAACUACUGUCGCUACAAAGAAGAUGUAAAACCGCAGAAGAAACAAGAUUUGUUUAAAAACAAUUAAAUUCUUUGUGAAUUUAGAAUUCCAUUGUUUUCAACUUAUGGCGGGAAAAUGAACUCCCUACAAGUCUAAUAUAGAGUAGUCAUUAUAGUACACUAAUAGUUUAUGUACGCUGUAAUGUGUACAUAGUAAUAUAAGAUCACUGUACAACCUAAAUUCUUUCAGA